AGCGUCGCCCAGCGACUGCGCGUGGUCCAGGCCCACACAAGACCACGAGGACAAUCUCUCGCGUUGAUACGCGCGCGCGCACUGGCUUCGUCCACGCCUAACCGCAGCUUGCAGGGCAAAUCACCUCCACUGGGCGCAUCGGAGCGCGGCGUCGACGGCGGCGCGCGGCGUUCGAGAAAUCGCGCAGAGACGCCAAAGCACUCGAACUCGUCGCCUUCGUGCAAUCAGGCGUCCACGUCGUUGGAUCGGAGGCUGCCCCCUGCUUGGUACCAGGGGCGCGACGUUCGCGCCCUGCGCGGUGCCCUCGACGCCGUCGACGUGUGCGUGUCGCCCCGCAUCGGCGCGCGCCAGGUCGACGUCCUGGCCGACCGGGGCGUCCGCUUCGUCUUCGCGCAGCCGGGCGCCGACGGGGAGGCCGUCCUCGCGGCCUGCCGGCGCCGCGGCGUCGUCGUCCAGCGGGGGUGCGUGCUGGUGGACGAGUGGCCGCCUAGGAACUAAUUGUGGACGACUAU